UACACGUAUCUAUAGGCUGUCUGUGAAACUAAUAUAUCAACAAAUAAAGACAAAUUAAUAUUUACCUACCUAUUUACUUAAUUUUAUUUAGUUAAAUUUUACAAUGAAUAAUUUAUUAUGCUUAUUCAAAGUGAUCGUUAUGAUACUGUGCUUAAGAGAAUCAAUUUACGUAAAUGGAUAUGGAGAGCGGGACUAUUUUUCAGACCGAGAAGACAAUAAUCCUGCAUAUUAUAUAUCACCUGCAUUGCAAAAACUAGAGCAUGCACCAGAAUUUGUGAAAGACUGGCCGAAUAUAUCAAUAACACUAGGCCAAGUUUCCGGAGUAACAUUAGACAAUGCAGGCAGGGUGCUAGUCUUCCACCGAGGUGAACAUACUUGGGAUGAGCAUACAUUUACAAAUGGGAAUAUAUACUUGGGAAUUGGAAAACCAGCCAUACAGCACAAAACUAUUUUAAUCUUCAAUGAAACAGGAGAACUUCUUGAUAUGUGGGGUGAUGAUUUUUUUUAUAUGCCCCAUGGCAUAACGGUGGACUCUGAAGGUAAUGUUUGGACCACUGAUGUGGCACUACAUCAAGUGUUCAAAUUUAAUGCUACCAACCGACGAGUGCCUGCUAUGGUGCUGGGAGAAAAGUUCGUGCCGGGAACAGAUGACCAUCAUUUUUGUAAGCCAAGCGCGGUGGCCGUGAUGUCGACCGGUGACUUUUUCAUAGCAGACGGCUACUGCAACCAUAGGAUCCUGAAAUAUAACCCUAAAGGGCAAAUCAUACUGCAGUGGGGUACUCAUAACUCACACUCGCCGUUCUCUCUGAACGUGCCCCACGCGCUGGCGCUGGCCGAGAGCUCGGGGGUGGUGCUGGUGGCGGACCGGGAGAGGGGCAGGGUCGCCAGCUUCCGGCACGACAACGGCUCCUACGUCACCUCGUACAGCAGCUGGCUCAUGGGACCCAGGAUCUUCAGUGUGGCCUAUUCUCCGGUUCACGGAGGUCGUCUGUACGUGGUGAACGGGCCGAACGGCGUGGUCCCGGUGCGCGGCUACGUGCUGGAGCUGGCGUCCGGGCGGCUCGUGGGCACGUUCGACGCGCCCGCCGGCCUCGCCAGCCCGCACGACGUGGCGGCCGCGACCGACGGCUCCGCGGUCUACGUCGCGCAGCUCGCCCCGCACGCCGUCUACAAGUUCGUCGACGAGCGCCUGCGCCACGAGGCGCCGCCCGCACCCCCCGCGCCGCCCGCCGCGCCCCCCGCCGCGCCCCCCGCCACGCCCGCCACUCUCGGUGAGUAG